AUGUGGGAAGCAUUCCUGAAUCGCGACAAAGGAGAUUACGAUGAUUCCAGUGGAAUCGCAUCAAUUUUUCCUUGGAUUUCAUCGAAGGCAGCAGCAGGAAUCUCAAGACUCAUUGCAGAAUGCCCAGAGCAUUUUGAGUCAAUAACAGAAGAAAUUGCAGUUGAAGAAGACUUGUGGAAAAAGUGGCUGCAAAAGCCGAUAGAAAUCCGGGAUUUUCCUCACGCGUCGAUUAUCUGCGAAGAUGAAACAAAUCUUGAUUCAGCCACUGAUCCCUCACUUUUUCGGACAUCAGGCAUCCAUUUUCUCAGAUUAUUGCUCUGUGCAACUGUUCGACCAGAAUGGACAUUGAGGGAAAUUGAGGGAUUCAUCAUUCGGGUUCUUGGAGCCGAUUUCAUCCAUCAACUUGCCCUGAGCAGGUAUGAUGACGUGGUAGAAGCCUGUGUUAAGAACAAAGUGUCAGUUCUUAUAGCAAGUGAUGGACCCUGGGAUUUGUCACCUGCAUUACUGAGAAUAUCGGGUAAACUUGGAGUUCAACUUCGACGUUUUGACAACAUUUCAAACUCUGAACGUAUGAAAUAUGGCACAUGGUUCCAAGAAAUCUUGCCGUUUUCAGAGCAAGAUUUCAGAGCAGCAGUCACGAUAGCUAUCGAGCUCAUUUCUGACUCGACAGCGCCUGAACUCACUUGGUCAAAUGUCGCCGAAGCCUUGACAAAAACGGUUUAUGGUGGACAUACAACUCACCAUGGAGACGAAUGUGUCAUCCAGCUUUACAUGGAACAAGUUUUCCAAAUAUUCGAUGAUUCGGAAGCCGGCUCCAUUAUCAGUGAAAUUUCCGACCUUCUGGGACCCGAUCAGUCCAUGUGCAAAAUCCUUGGCCUCUCAGCACAUGAUGACAAACUGAGACUAACACUUGGAGGAUCCGAGUUCAUCAACUGCUUGCAGAUUAUGAAGAAAGCAGUUCCAACAACAGGUAGUCACAUCAUUGAAGAAAAUUUGGAUUCAAUUGACAUAAUGACUGCCGAUGAGAUCCUUGAACGGUUGCCCGGCGAAGUGGAUAUUGAGACAUCUAGGAAAGCUGCUGAAGCGAAGGAAACAAAAAAGUCUGACCAACUGACCCAUGCGCAAAAAGGCGGGAAAAUUGGCAAACUAACCCCUUCGCACAAACACUCGGAGGUGAAACAGAAACCAGCCGUGGAACAGGAACAGCAAGAAGCUGAUGCGGAUGAUGAGACUCAAGUGAAAGAUAUUGCGACAGAAACGUCAGAUGCCUCGGAAGUUUCAGCGGAGGUGAAUAAUGAGCACAUUCCGGAAAUAACCACGAAAGAACCCGAGGAGAAAUCGAUGAGUCCCUUGGUUGAGUUUGCGAUGAAAGAAGUGGAAGCGUACAACAAAACUAUUAAUGCAAUCAAGGAAGAAUUAGGAAAAGAGGGAACUUUGCACUCCGAUUUUAUGGAGCAAUACGCUCACACUUUCCAAAAGUACAUCAAAUUUACUUCACCAAAUGCUACUCUUACUGAUGCAAUUGACAAAUGGUUGGUGCAUCUUCAAAAUCAGAAGCGACACUGCACUGAUAUGGUAAGUGCAAAGAAGAUAAAUUUCAUCCAUUUGGGCCAAAUGACUGCGGCUGGGACGUUCAUAAUUGCUUUUCAAGAAGCACAAGCCAAAGAACUUGGACUCUCAAAGCAUCCGAAUGUUUAUUUGACUCCAUCAAAAUAUCAUGAAAAACGCGAAGUUCCGCCGGAUUGCAAGGACACUUUCCUGGAAGGAAUGUUCAUAGAAAGUGGAGAAUGGGAUUCGAAAAAGGAGUUACUUACUUCCGUAUCAGACUCAAUCAGCAUCGCGCCGGAACUUCCACUGAUGAAGAUGAAUAUCUGCAUCGACUUAAAACCUUUAUCUUUUCCAAAGAAUGUUAUCAAAGUUCCCGUUUUCCCGCUUCCAAGGAAAUCUUGGGAUUUUGGAAGAGCGCCGAGUCCGUUGUGUUACGCGUAUUUGCCAUCAAAUGUGAGCCAACUUCGGAUGGUCUCAUUGAGGAGCAAUCUGUUUCCCGUGUUUUUCGGUGCUGUGAUAAUAAGUGUUUUUGUAUGUGCCGAGGCAUUGUCGGAUGGCAAGCAUUCGGGCGAUGGGCCGUACAAAGUUCUCAUCGUUCUUCCCUUCGCAAGCAAAAGUCACAAAAAUGUUCUAUGGCCUUUGGCUAUGGGCCUAGCUGGUAGAGGACACCUUGUGACCAUUAUAACUCCUCACAAGCCGUAUAAACAAGUAAAAGGAAUUACGGAAAUAACGCUGGAUGGCAUUUAUUCAAGUUUGGAUAACGCUGCGCAGAAUAUGUGGAGCGAAGAUGGUGGUCCUUAUGGGAAAGUGAAACUGAUCAGUGACGUGAUAUUCCAGUUCUGGGCUUACCGCCUGAUUGUGAUACCGAUUUUCAUCUUCUUCGUGGGCAAAGUCCUUUUCGUGGUUGCCCCGAAAUUACGUUGCAUCGUUUUCGCGAAGUACAUGGAUUUGUUCUCGCCAACUUACGACUCCAUGGUCCGAUCGAAAAAAGAGGAGUUCUUUGCUGAGCUUCAAGAUGUCAAAUCUGGAGUUCAGGAACUUAGGAACAAAGGACAGUUUCGGAUUUUGGAAAUCGGAGUUGGGACUGGUGCCAAUUUUCGCUACUAUCCGAAAAACUCCGUUCUGAUUGCGCUUGACCCGAACGAAUAUUUCUUGAAGUACUUCGAUAAAAAUAAGAGAGAAUAUCCCGUUCACCUGGAGAAAUUCAUCGUCGCUAGAGGAGAAGCCAUGAGGCAAAUACCCACCGGAACCGUAGAUGUUGUCGUGACUACUCUUGUAUUGUGCUCGAUCAAAGAAACGUUGAUCAAGCCAUUUUUGGCCGAAAUCCUUCGAGUAUUGGUUCCUGGGGGGCGAUAUUACUUCUGGGAUCAUAUCGAAGCGCCGAAGCAAUCGAGAGACUAUUAUCUUCAAAACAUUGUUUCCAGGAUGCUGUUUUGGUCGUAUUUCGGUUGUGGUUGCAAAGUUAAUCGGGUUAUGGACGCUGCUGUGGAAACAUGCAAUAAGACGCUUUCUCAUUACGCCAUGGAGCCCUUUUUGGAAGGAGCGAGAAGCGGAACCGCUCACUUCGAUCUUAUUGUGGUGUCUGCUUUCUUCAAUGAAUGCUGGUAUCCAUUGGCUAAAAUAUAUCAGGCCCCUCUCGUGCUGGUAUCCACCUCCGGGAUGUUCCCGUGGCUUUCACAUUCCAACGGAUUCAGGGACGUAACUUCGUUUAUGACCUCUCCGUUUUUCGAUGGCUCCAAAACGUUAUCUUUCCCGAAGCGAUUGGCCAACACGCUUGCUUAUCUGCUCUCACGGCCGAUAGAGCAAUAUUACUACUGGCGGCGUAUUGAUGCCUUGCUGCUUGAGAAGUUCGAAAAGAAGGGUUAUCUAGCUCCAUCUCCCACGCCGUUGGAAAAGCAGUUGAAUUCUGCUGAUCUGACAGCCAGUGCAUCAAUGACGUUUACAAACACGCAUGUUUCUACCCACGAUGUCAGACCGCUGCUGCCCUCAGUUGUGGAAGUUGGCGGAAUGCAUUGUGCUCAUGCUAACGCGUUGCCCAAGGAACUGGAGGAGUGGGUGUCCGGAAGUGAAGAUGGAUUCGUCUUAUUCAGUCUCGGUAGUGCCGUGAAUCCGUCUAAAAUUCCUCCAUCGCGCCGCAAAAUGUUCAUCGAUGCAUUUUCGAAGUUCCCGAGGUUACGAUUCCUGUGGAAAUGGGAUAGUGAACAGAUGGAUGGACUUCCCCCGAAUGUGAAGUUAUCUACGUGGCUACCUCAGCAAGAUCUAUUAGGACACAAACGGAUUAAAGCGUUUAUCACGCACGGUGGUUUGCUGAGCACGCAAGAAGCUAUUUACCAUGGCGUACCGUUGGUUGGCCUUCCCGUCGGUGCUGAUCAGCACAUGAACAUGGAGCAUGUGUUGGCUGCCGGAACAGGAGUGACGCUCUCUUGGAGUUCGCUGUCAGCAGAAGAAAUCAUUUCUGCACUGAAAACAGUCAUGUUCGAGCCAAGGUACAAAGAACGGCUGGAUCUUAAAUCGCGACAGUUCAAAGACCAACCGCAGCCCCCUGUUGAACGAGCUGUCUAUUGGAUGGAGUACGUCGUUCGUCAUAACGGUGCCGAGCAUUUACAGUCGACUGCUAAGAAUCUCUACUGGUUCCAGUAUUAUCUGAUAGACGUUUGGGCUGCCUUGCUAGUAGCUUUUCUCAUCUCGAUGUGGGUAUCAAAAAAGACAGCGACAUUCAUCUUCGGUAGUGAAAGUAAGUCCGUUGCAUCUUCCAAAAAGCAACAGAAGAAAAGGGAGAAAAGUGCGAAAGAGAAAAAGUCAACGAAGCAAGAGUAA